UCAGCCAGCGUGUUCAGAUCGUGUAAAGCAAGUAAAGCAGCAAGCAAUGCCAAGUUGAUAUAGCAAACAAUAACAACGUAACGCAUUCAACGUUUUCUUAUCCAAAAAACAAUAAACAGCUGAGCAGCACUAAACGCGCGUGUGCAAAAAAAAAACAGAGAGAAAAGUAGUUAUACACACACACACACACACACAGCGACGGAAAAUUUCAGUGACAGACAAAAAGCAUUUAACGUAGCAGGCCGCAUUUACGUAAUUUAAAGUAAAACAAGAUGAGUUCAGUGAUGAGCAUGGUACGUCCCACGACGAACGGUUGUGCAGCAGCUGCAGCGGGCACAACAGCAACAGCCACACUUUUGGCCAAACAACUAAAUGCAGCCCUGGCUAACGGCAAGACGGCAGCAGCAAUGAAUAUAACAACUGCCGCCACGCCCACAGUGCCCAAGCAGCCAUUGCAGGCGGCCAAGAUCAUACAGCAAUCUCAUAUUGUGUGCUUCGAUGUGGACUCCACUGUCAUUAUUGAGGAGGGCAUCGACGAGCUGGCCGAGUUCUGCGGCAAAGGCAGCGAAGUGGCACGAGUAACCAAGGAGGCUAUGGGCGGCAGCAUGACUUUCCAGGAUGCGUUGAAAAUACGCCUGAACAUUAUACGCCCCACACAGCAGCAGGUGACGGAUUUCAUCAAACAGCGUCCCAGCACGCUCAGUCGCAACAUCAAGCGCUUCAUUGGCCAACUGAAGGCGGAUGGCAAGCAAGUGUUUCUCAUCUCUGGAGGCUUCGAUUGCCUUAUCGCGCCCGUGGCCACUGAACUGGGCAUUCCACUUACAAACAUGUAUGCCAACAAAAUGCUCUUUGACUACAAGGGCGACUACGAUAGCUUCGAUACCACGCAGCCCACAUCGCGCUCUGGCGGCAAAGCAGAGGCUAUUGGCAUGAUUAGACAGCGACAGUCCGCGUCGGCGUCGGAUGUGCUGAUUACAAUGAUUGGGGAUGGUGCUACUGAUUUGGAGGCUGUGCCUCCAGCAAACAAUUUCAUUGGCUAUGGCGGCAAUGUGGUGCGCGCCGAGGUCUACCGACGCGCCCAGUAUUACAUAACGGACUUUGAACAGCUGAUGCAUGCCGCUAAGUGAUUAGGCGUGGGAGGCGAAGCUCUCUCAGCGAAUUUAGUAUUGCGAAAGUCGGCGUGUUAUAGUUGUAAUUUAAAAAUACAUACGCAUAGAUUUUAUAAAUAAAUAUAAAUUAGUUUAUAGCCACUUGGUAUACACACAUAAUAAAAGCGAUAGUAAAAUUUAAUCAAGUGAAAUUUGUUUGCUUCUUUGCUGCGAAAAAGUUGAAUGCGCUUUAGCACAAAAUGCAAAUACAUGCACACUUUUAAAUUGUUAUUAAAAAAAAGAAA